GCUCUUCCCCGCCGGGUCAACACUCGCAUAGGAAGAUGGCCGGGUCGAACACCGGCGACGUGUUCGCGUCUCUCAACCACCCUUCCGGCGGCCUGAAGAGUUACAAUGCCGGGUGGCAGGUCAGUGUGCUCGCUCACCCAUCCGCUAUCUUUUGAGCCUGGCUCCGUGCCAUACGUCCACAUAGGUCUGGGGUGGUCCGGCCCCGAAACGCAACGCGUCGGUGUCCUCGGCGACGGACCUCGCCCCCGCCAGGGACGAGGUCUACUGGCCGCAGUCCUCCCAGGGUCAGCAGCAGCAGUCGCGUGCAUCUAGCGGCUCCUGGGACGACGGUUCCACCAAGAAGGACCUCGACGUCCUGUAUGGACGGAAUCGACACGUCUCGGCUGGCCACCCGGGCCUCUCCGCGGCUGACCGCGAGCGGGGGUCCAAAUCCGCACAGCUGUCCCCUCAACGGUAUGACAAGCAACUAGGGUUCAACUCCGCAAACGGGUACUCGAGCGGGUACGACAACGGAAACGCAGGCAACGGCGAUAAUGUUGCAGACGAGCUGUCGACAGCGUUGCGCGGGAUGGCGGUCGCGGACGAGUACGAGAGCGGGUCGAUGUCCGGGUCGAUGCCAAGGCCGCAGGUGGCUUCCGUGCCUCAUCAACAGCAGCAGCAGGCGUACCCGCCGUACUACUCCAACCACGGCGGCCAGCUCGACUUCGGUGCGUACGGAUACGCGCCUGCGCCUGCGCCCGAGGCGGCGGUGUACGGAGCGGCGGGCGUCGCCGCCGCGACCACUCCCUUCUACGACUACUCGGCGCGCGCCGCAAGCUCGCAGUUCUACUACCCGUCCACGCCCCUGAUGUGGAACCCGGCCGCGUCGCCGAUGUUGACGCCUCAGAUGCCCGCAGCCGCGGCACCCGCGACGCUCUCGGACAAGAAGCGCGAGCUGCAAUACAACCUGCAGCAGAACGCGGCGCAGAUGCACCACCAGAACAUGAUCUACAGUCCGCUGCGCUCGACGCCGUCGCCGCACCCGCACCAAGCCUACGCCCCGGCGCUCGACUACGGCGCCGCGGUCGGGAUGCACGCACAAGUCCCGAUGAUGGGCCCGGCCUACGGGCACGCGCGGCGCGGCUCCCAGCAAGGCGUACUCCAGCAACCGCCGCAACAGCCCCAGGGUUACGCGAUGCCGCGUGGCGCGAUGCGGCGCGAGGACGGCGGGGCGCAGCGGAGCGCGCUGCUCGAGGAGUUCCGCGCGAACAAGGCGCGCAAGUGGGAGCUGGCGGACAUCGCGGGACACGUCGCCGAGUUUGGCGGGGACCAGCACGGCUCGCGGUUCAUCCAGCAGAAGCUCGAGGGCGCGAGCGCGGAGGAGCGCGAGGCGGUGUUUGCGGAGAUCGUGCCGGGGGGGCAUGCGCUGCAGCUGACGCAGGACGUGUUUGGGAACUAUGUGGUGCAGAAGCUGCUCGAGCACUGUUCGCCCGCGCAGCGCGUCGCGAUCGCCGAGUGCUUGAGCGACCAUGUGUUGGCGCUUAGCUUGCAGAUGUAUGGGUGUCGGGUGGUGCAGAAGGCCCUCGAGUAUCUGCCUGAGAGCCAUCAGGCCAAGUUCGUUCGCGAGCUAGAGCCGCAUGUAAUCCGAUGCGUCAAGGAUGCGAACGGCAAUCAUGUCAUCCAAAAGAUCAUCGAGCGCGUGAACCCGUCGCUGCUGACCUUCGUGAACGGCUUCCAAUCGCACGUCUUCGAGCUCGCGUCUCAUCCGUACGGCUGCCGCGUGCUGCAGCGCUGCCUCGAAUACCUCUCGCCGGAGCAGACGCGUGGCCUGCUUGCGGAGCUGCACGAGUGCACGAUCCAGCUCAUGCAGGACCAGUUCGGGAACUACGUGAUCCAGUUCGUGCUUGAGCACGGUGCGCCGCAGGACCGUGCGGAAGUCGUGCAGAAGCUCAGAGGCCAGAUGUUGCCCAUGGCCCGACACAAGUUCGCGUCGAACGUUUGCGAGAAGGCGCUCGUCACCGCCGAGCCGGACAGUCGUCGGGCGCUGAUCGACGAGAUCCUCGCUCAGGGCGCGGACGGCUCCUCGCCGAUCGUGACCAUGAUGAAGGACCAGUAUGCCAACUAUGUCCUGCAGCGUGCGGUGUCGACCGCGGAGCCCGACCAACAGGAGACGCUCAUCAGCCGUAUCCGGCCCCAGCUCCUGACCAUGCGCCGAUACAACAAUGCGUAUACCAAGCACCUCAUCGCCAUCGAGCGUCUGCUCGACAAGUGCGCCAAGGCCCAGCUCGCGUCUCAGCCCUGAAUUCUCAACCCGGCAUCAUCAACAAUCCGUUAUAAUCCGAUCUAUCACAUAAUCCAACAUUCGCCCUUCUCGUGUUCUUCCUACGCUUGGUUCUCUGGCUCGCCGUCUUGUCUUCAAGCUCCUCCAUUCUCGCCUCUGCCUCGCAACUGCAAUCAAACGUACACUACACGGGACUUCCUCUCUCUCUCCUUCCCUCUGCAUUACGUCCAUUUCCAUCAUCAUCAACAUGACCGUCGAUUUUUUUAGUAAAGGAGUAUAAUCACUAGUGCUGUCGGAUUAGUCGCAACCUCUCGCGUUUCCGUGAUCUCUUCCUUCACCCGUCUCUUUUUGUCCCUCGCACACCGCCCUCCUCGGGACCCCAGUUGUUUGCUCACACCCACACAACUAGUAAUCAUACACUCUCGUUUAGUCACUCGUGCUCUCUGUGUUCGACCCUUUUUAAUGUGCUUUCCAUCGUAUAUAAC